AUGUAUUACGCCGGACUGCAAGCAAAAAUAAAAGAAGCCAAUCCCUUAACAAAAUUUGUACCAUGCUCUGCGCAUUCCCUUAACCUGGUUGGAACUAAUGCAGUUGAUUGUUGUACUCAAGCCGUUUUAUUCUUCAAUUUACUUCAAAAUGUUUACACGUUUUUCACAGCUUCUACUCACCGCUGGAAAGCUCUAAACGCUUCUGUAAGGGACUUUCAGAAACAAGAUGGUCUGCUAGAGAUGACGCUUGCCAAUCUCUGA